AUGAGUGCCAAUCGUAUGAACUUUGAAAAAAUCAAAUGGCUGAAGAGUGAAAAUCAGAGGGUUAACGAUGAAGUCAAUUCACUCAAGAAAAAGCACGUGGAACUAGAGCGUAGAUUGAAGGAGUUGACGGAAUACCUUGGAUCUAAGAACAAUCAGCUUGAUACCCUGAAAAAGCGCUGUGAAGAAACCAAACUCCAGCUUACAGAGUUGGCUGCCAACGAAAAACGAGUCGCUGCGAUCCAUGACCUAGAAAAAAAUCGCUAUUCCAAGAUACGACAGGCCAUAGAAGAACACAAAGAAAUGCUUUCUCGUGUGACUAAGCGAAAGAUGGACCACCAGCAACCGGUUCAGGUGAUCAAUCCGGAACUAGCCUCUCCAAACCCUUUUGCGUACGUCAGCUGCUCUCGUGAAUAUCAACUGGGUGAAAAAGAGCGUCAAUUGGACGAUCUGAAACGUUUACUGGAGAAACGUGAACAGGAGAUAGUCAUCAAAAGGAACCACAAUGCUGCCCGAAUCGUGCGACUCCGUAAGCUGUUACAGUCUAACGAAGCAAAACGUACUCUAUGCAAAGAACAGCUGGCUGCUCUGAAGGCAAAAACUAAUCGCCGUUACUAGUCCAGACGUUUGAAAAGACGCCACGUGAAAAAAUAGACAAAUUCGGUGAAGGUAAUCAUGCUGCA